ACAACAGAAUAUAGUAGUGUGAAUUGUAGCUUACAUAUUCUUCAUGUAGAAAAUGCUACAUUGUGAAGCUUCUUUAUGAUGUCAAAUUCUAAUGGUCGUAGAAAACAAAUUGCAUCUAGAUACCUAGAGUUCUAUAGGUUGGUGAAGUAAGUUUGAAAUUUUCAGUUUUCCACGUUUACAAAUUUAAAUAUUGCAAACAAUGGCUAAAUAAAUCUACCUAACAAUUGUUAUGAUGAAGUCCAGAAUCCUCUUGAUUUGUAAUAACUAGCCUUCGUGAGUUACGUAUCAUGGCCUUAUCAGAAAAAGGGCAUAGGCUGCAUGUCAUUCAAGCAAUGUAUGUUUUAGGUUCUGAAGAUAUGUCGCAUGGUGUGGCUUUUAUGUUUUGAAGAUACUCUCAUUCCAACCACAACCAGUUGCAUACAAGAAUAUCGAGAUGGAGAUUGAAACUAACCUUGUCAGUUCCAUCCUUUCUCUGAAUGUGUUAUAGUGUCUUCAUUGUUUCUAUCCCUUCUUGGAAUGUGUGUUACAAGCCAUGCUACUACAAUGGAUUCCACACGGAUGCUAAGCAUUUGUUUGAUUUAUUGAAAGGGUGGCUACUUAAGCCAUUUUUUUAAUUCUGGAAAUUUGUAGCUCCUUUGAAGUGGUUUUGUCACGGGUUAGGCCAUUCCUGAAGAUUUCUCUCUCAUUUAAGGGUUUGAAAUUGUUUAGGAGUUAUUGAUUUCAUGGUUUAUAACUGUGAAGCACGGGCGUUUAAUUUUAGUACGGUGUCCAACAUAUCUUAGACACGCACACUCCACGGACAUGCCAUGUAGUGUGCUUAAUUUUUUUAAUUAUUGUUAUUUUUGGUUGUCAUGUUGGGGACACUACAAGACACUUAUUCUUUUCAGACACCUUGUGCAUGUUUGUAAUAUUACAAGUUUUUAAUUGGGGUCAAAUUGUAAUAUUAAAAAAUUCUAACCAAUUAAAACUGGGAACUUCAUAAAUUUAUGUACAUCUGUUUGAACAAAAACCUAGCUGCAAAUAGAGAAGAAGAAAGAAGUUGUCGCCACAGAAGCCCCUGUUGAGAAGAAUAACCUCUUUAUGCCUCAGUGAUUGAUGUCUGUAGUUGACGUUGCAUUGGAUUUUGCUUGGUUUGAUAUAAGACUGUACUAUGGUAGUAAUUUAAUUACUUUGUUAGCCCUGUUUAGUAGAGCUGUGGGAAAGUGCUUAUAACUUAUGCCUUAACAGUUUCAUAAGCUGAUUUCUGACUUAUAAAUUAAUCAUCUCCUGCCCCACUCAAAGAAUAAGCUGAUUUCUGACUUACAAAAAGUUAUAAGCUGCGUUGUUAAGUUAAACCAAACACAUCAAAAUAGCUUAAAUUAAGCUGAAAGCUGAAAUAAAUAACUUUUAAGCUGCACCAAACAGGCACAUUAUAGGUAACAUUUUAAUAAGUUGUAUGUUGCAUUUUUAACUGUAUCUUGAUUUUUCAAAAAUUGUUGUCCAAUGUCUUGUCAAGUCUGCUUCUUAGGUUAUAGCAUGAACUUUUGCACAAACAAGAGCUGUAUGAUUUUUUCACUCUAUUGUAGUGAUGAGUCAUUUUCUAAAUGCUGGCCUUUUGCUUGUGACUUGAUUUUAUUGUCUAUGGAACAUUACGUACACAUUAGAUAUCACCUGAGGACAUUCGGUGGGAAGGCGAUGGUCCUGGAGUCUCUAGUAGAGGCGGCCCCAGUGGACCAGGCCGUGGGUUUAAGAAGUCUAUGGCACGUGGUGGUGCUGUUGCUGGUGCCGGAAGAGGCAGAGGAAUAGCAAAGGGUCAGUCCAAGAAAGUUUUUCCUCCAUCACAAAAUGGCAUUGGGAAGAAGGGUGAUAUCGAAAUACUUCAUACUGAUACUCUAGUUAAGGAGGUGGAGAAAGUUAUCAGAGCAAGCCAUCCGGAUCGUUUGGAGGUUGAGAAAGCAAAGAAAGUGCUUAAAGAGCAUGAACAAGCCCUGGUUGAAGCAAUUGCGAGGCUUGAAGAUGCUUCUGAUGGUGAAAGUGCAGAUGGAGAUCAUCAGUUGCAAGGCCAAUCAAUGGACCAAGAGCGAUGGAGAAAACAACAGUACGAUGAUCAUACUGGAGAAGGUAAUAGGGUAGUUGAAGGUUCAGAUGCCAACAAGAUGGCUACAGAUGGAAGAGUUGGUUCUGAUGAUCAGCAAGACAACGGCGAUGACAUUUGAUUAUUGUAGAUAGGUUUUAGUGUUGGGCACACUAACCUUGUACUUUGUUUAUGGAAAGAAUGUUUGUGUAAAAUUGUUUAAUUAUGAAUAAUUUCUGAAUAUUAUAUAAAAAUUGUUUCUAAAUGAUUUGUAAAGUA